UUGAGAUAGAGAAAAAGCUUGAGAAACAUUCCAGACCAGACAAACAUCUUAUAUUAAUCUCCAUCGUAAAUCGAAAUCCCAUUUCGGAAAACACUCAUAAAUUCCACAUUUUCCCAUCAAAAAAUGUCAAUACAAGACCUCCAAAACGGUUCCAACACUACUUUUAAUCAUAAUCCUACAUCUUCUCAUGAUGAUUUUCUUGAACAAAUGCUUUGUGGUCUCCAAUCUGGUGUUUCUUGGCCCGAUAUAUCAGCUGGUGGUGGCGGCGGUGGCGGUAUGAAUAAGUCAGCAUCAGCACUUCUUCCUUGGGAUGAUGCUGAUCAGUUUGAUGACCAAUCAAAUUUUUUAGCAACCAAACUCAGGCAACAUCAGAUCAGCACUACGAGUAAUCCGGCUGCUGCGAAAUCGUCGCUACUUCAACAACAAUUGAUGCUUUCUAGAGGCCUAGUUGGUGGUAAUAAUGGUGGUGGUGAUUCUGGUGUUUUUCCAAAUGAUUUGGUUGAUACUUCAUCAUUCAAGUCUCUGAAUGGAGAUAAUUCGAUUCAAACACUUUUCAAUGGUUUUUCCGGAUCUCUUCAAACCAAUCAAUCCCAAGAUUUCCAAUAUCCAUCGGGACAAACCUUUGGAUCUCAAGGGGUCACGACAACCAUAGUCAAUCAAGGAACUAGCACCGGGGGCACAACGACCAGUGUGCCCCCGGCGCAGCCACGUCAAAGAGUUAGAGCCCGAAGAGGCCAAGCCACUGAUCCACAUAGCAUCGCCGAAAGACUUCGACGUGAAAGGAUUGCCGAGAGGAUGAAAUCACUACAAGAACUUGUCCCAAAUGCUAAUAAGACAGACAAGGCUUCAAUGCUAGAUGAGAUCAUAGAUUAUGUAAAAUUCCUCCAGCUCCAAGUCAAAGUCUUGAGCAUGAGUAGAUUGGGAGGUGCUUCUGCUGUUGCUCCUCUUGUUGCUGAUAUGUCCACUGAGAGAGGUCGUGACUCCGUGGCGGGACGGAGUAGCAAUGGAACGACUUCGUCUGCUUCGAAUAACGAUACGAUGACCGUAGCAGAGAAUCAAGUGGUGAAGCUGAUGGAGGAGGAUAUGGGGUCUGCCAUGCAGUAUUUACAAGGGAAAGGUCUUUGUCUCAUGCCGAUUUCAUUAGCCACCGCGAUAUCGACCGCCUCUUGUCAACCUUCUUCCUCAAGGAACAACUACCCCUUACUCGGUGGUAGCGAAGGUGGCAGCCCUUCUUCUCCAAAUCUGUCUGUUUUGACCAACCAAUCCGUAAAGCCCUAAUAUCGAACGGUGUGGACAGCUGAUUACGACCCAUUUAACGUUUUUUUAAAUGGACAAACUAUCACCAAAAGACUUCGUCGUCAUUGUUUUCUCCGGCAACCUUGUCUAGCUACCAAACUUGUGGGGUCUUUUGAACUUGAUUUAUACGUUAAUCACUUUCUUAAUUGAUUAGUGUUUUUGCCGUGUGGUUUUGGAAUGACUUUGUCCCUUUUACUUAAUUUAUUGAACUUUAAUUAA